UUCAUACCCACCGUUUCCCUAAACACACCGACUCCGAGCCGUCGCGCAUCUCCUCCCCGCCUAUAAAACCCUUCCUCCCCGCCACCGCCACAACCUCCUUUCGAUAUCAAGACGCAACCGUUUUAUUCCAACCGAUCGACGAUGUCAGGGCUAGCUUGCAACGCCUGUAACAAAGAGCUCAGGGACGACGCCGAGCAGCGCCUCCAUUACAAGUCCGAAUGGCACCGCUACAACCUCAAGCGCAAGGUGGCAGGUGUUCCUGGAGUGACAGAAGCAUUGUUUCUUGCGAGACAAGCUGCGCUUGCUCAGGAGAAGAAGGGUGCAAAUGAAACCCCGAUGCUCUACAGCUGUGCGCUUUGCGGGAAAGGGUAUAGAAGUGCCAAGGCUCAUGCUGAGCAUCUCAAGUCGCGAAGUCACAUUGCGCGGGCUUCUCAGGGGACUGGUGAUGAAGAAGAAGACAAGGCGAUAGUCCGGCCGCUUCCCACUCGUGCCAAAGCUCCCUCCGUUAGUGGGAAAAUUGAUGAGGAGAGUGAAGAGAGUGAAGGCGGUGAAGAUGAGUGGGAGGAGGUUGAUUCUGAGGAUGAGUUGGCAAAAUCUUUGACUGGUUUAAAUGUAGAUGGACAGGCUUCUAAUGAGGCUAUGGAUGAAGAUGAUGACGACGACUAUGAGGAGUUGGAUCCGUCAUGUUGCUUUAUGUGCGAUAAAGAGCACAAGACUUUAGAGAGCUGCAUGGUUCACAUGCACAAACACCAUGGAUUCUUCAUUCCUGAUAUCGAGUAUUUGAAGGACCCAAAAGGUCUCCUUACUUAUCUUGGUCUUAAGGUUAAAAGGGAUUGUAUGUGUCUGUACUGCAAUGAUAGAUGUCAACCGUUUAACAGCUUGGAAGCAGUUAGGAAGCAUAUGGUGGCGAAAAGCCACUGUAAGGUACACUAUGGAGAUGGUGACGAAGAAGAAGAAGCAGAGCUGGAAGAUUUCUAUGAUUACAGCAGCAGUUAUGUUGAUGAGGCUGGCAAGCAACUAGUUGUAUCAGGUGAGACGGCCAACAGUGUUGAACUUGGAAGUGGUGGCGCUGAGCUCAUCAUUACUACAAGAUCUGACCAUGGGAUAUCAAGCAAAGCACUUGGUUCCCGUGAAUUUAUGCGCUAUUAUCGCCAGAAACCACGCCCAUCACCUAACCAUAUGGCCAUCACAGCUGCAGUGGCUGCGAGGUACAAGAGCAUGGGGUUGGCAACUGUCCAAUCAAAGGAACGAAUGGUGCAGAUGAAAGUACUGAAGGAAAUGAGAAGAUCGGGAGUUGAGGCCAUGCGUAGUAAGAUUGGAAUGAAAAGCAAUGUAAUCCGAAACCUCCCCAGUAACGUUCCAUACUAGUUUUUUUAGGGGAGUGUUCAAUGUCCAAGAAAUUUUAUGCUGUUCAUGCACUCGUCAUUUCAGUAAUAGUUUCUAUAAGUAAACAAUAUUAAAAUACAUUGGCUAUUACCCAAGUACCAAGGUUAUAGUACUUAUGAAGUUGUAUUUUUCUGUAAAUUCUGUUAUUGUCAUUUGUUAAGAAGCAGUUAUGAAGUCUAGCUGAAGUCCUAGCUUCGUGUUCAUGACCA